AUGAAGAACCAAAUCGACCGGUUAUCCGAAUUGCCCGAUCCUAUUCUAGACCACAUUCUAUCCUUCAUUCCCAUGAAACAAAUACUUCAACUUAGUAUUUUGUCCAAGAGAUGGCAAAACGUGUGGACUUUGCUCCCCAUUCCAGAAUUUGAGCAACAUCUCUUUACUAAUAAUUUGCGCAAGGUUCCACCCAACGAGAAACAAGAGGAAUUCCAGAGAAAGAAACAGGAGUUCAAAAAUUUUGUGCAGAGAUAUUUACUGGGCCACUACAGGCAAAGACUAAGUAUAAACAAGUUUAGGCUUCACAUGAUGUUGGAUGAUGAAUCAGAUUGUGCUCUUCUGAACCGUUGGAUUGACUAUGCAAUUGAAUGCAAUGUAAAAGAGUUGAAUCUUGACGUUUGGAUCGAUCAAAAGAGGUAUGAGUUGCCUAAGAAGAAGUAUGAGUUGCCUGAGAGGGUUCUCGUAGCAAAGUCCAUAACUGAGUUGAAAUUGUGCAAGUGUAAGUUGAAGUCAUUUUACAGUGAUAUUAACUUACCCUCUUUGAAAAAGUUGGUUUUGGGAAUUAAUGUGGAGGACCAAAUUGUCCCAGAUCUAAUUGCUGGUUGUCGUGAUAUAGAAGAGAUGACAUUUGAAUGUUGUUAUGGGUUGAAAAGUCUACAGGUGUCAGGUCUUCCUAAACUCAAGGCCAUUGAGCUAGUAGAAAAUCCUGAACUUGAGAGUGUUGAGAUCGAAGCAUCAAAUCUUGAAUCUUUAGUUUUCAAGCUUACGAGACCAUGCCAAAUCAACUUAGGCCGGUGCGAAAAUCUAAACAAGUUAUUAUUAUAUUCAUGCAGCAUUACUGACAAAUGGUUGCAUGACGUUCUUUCUAAGCAUCCACUCAUUGACUGCUUGGACCUACGAUGUUGUAGUAUGUUGAAAAGGAUUAAAAUUGCAAGUCAUCGCAUGAGAAGUUUGGCUUUUAUUAGUUGCUACGAGUUGGUUGAAAUUGACAUUGUUACUCCUAAUUUACAUAGACUCGAGUAUGAUGGUUAUUUUAUAUCCUUCUCUUCGAAUACUUCGAGUCUAUCAGAAGUUAGUAUCAGAUUUACGGACGAGGAUGUUUCGGAUGUUGAGAAGAUUGAAUUCCUUGCAAAUUUGAGUCAUCCAAAAUUAUUAAAUUGGGAAACUUUCAAUAUCGAGUUCUCAUACGGAAAUCCUGUUGACAAAUUGAAAGAUCCCAGUUGUUGCAAACUUAUUCCAAUUCUCUGUUGGCGUCAUUGCCUAAAGGCUAUCAAGAUUGAAAAUUUAAGAGGAUCUAUAGAAGAAGAUGCUCUAAAGAAGUAUUUUUCCGAUAAUGCAGAAAUAUUAGAGAGCUUUCAUUAUUUAAAAGGAUCUGUUUUGCCUGAAGUUUGA